AUGGGAGAAUUUUCACAUAUCUCAGUGGAAUUUGAUAAUGUUGUCUCUGUUGUUUUAGAAAAUUAUGGAGGCAUCAGUCAAUCUUCCACUGCUGCGGGAAAUCAAGACAACAAGGUCGCUUCAAUUGAUAAAGAGCUCUCUCCCGCAGAAGCUGAAACAAGGAUUGCUUCUUGGACAAAAAUCGUUGACGACAGAGACAAGGCAAUUGUAUCUGUAAUAUAUAUGUCCUGUUCUGUUUUACUGAGUAAAGAUGGUGCAGGGAGGAUGCUAAAACCCCAAGUUUUGGUCGAGGUUUGGUCCACCGAGCACGGUCUUGCUCUAUAUGUUUUGCAAGAUGUACAGUUGUUGAUGGAACGAUCCGGUUCGGCAAAACACGCACUUCCUGUUGUCCAUCCUGAUCAAGCAUCUUGA